AAAUAUCAAAUUAGAAGGGGGACUAAACCUAAAGGAUUGUGUUAAGAAAGGGGAUUCUCAUUUUAUUCCAAACCCCCCAGCCACCCUAAACCCUAACAAAUGUCUUCUUCCAUUUCCCUACGCGUCGCCCGCCACCUCUCAACCACGGCCACGUCAUCAACAUGGAACACAACAAUCUCCAUCUCCAAGGCGAAAUCCAAGCUCAAAUCCGAACACGAUCCAGACAAAGCCUUAAAAAUCUACUCUUCCGUUUCUAACCAUUACACUUGCCCUUUAUCCUCACGUUAUGCUCAAGAAUACACUGUCAAACGUCUCGCUAAAUCCCAUCGUUUCUCUGAUAUCGAAGCUUUCCUCGAAUCUCACAAAAAUGACAAGAAAAUUACCCAAGAACCCUUUUUGUCAUCCAUUAUUCGUUCUUAUGGAUUAGCUGGAAUGUUUGAUCAGGCACUUAAAACUUACAUCCAAAUGGACGACUUAGGUACCCCCAGAUCAGCAAAUUCGUUCAAUGUCCUUCUCUCAGCUUGUGUUAACUCGAAAAAAUAUGAUUGUGUCCACCAACUGUUCGAUGAAAUGCCUAAGAAGCAUGGGUUUUUACCUGAUAAAGUUUCGUAUGGGGUGUUGAUUAGGUCGUAUUGUGAAAUGGGGAAACCUGAAUUGGCGAUCGAGAAACUUAAGGAGAUGGAAGAGAAAGGUGUUGAAAUUACGGUGGUGAUUUUCACGACGAUAUUGCAUUCGUGGUAUAAGGGAGGAAAGAGUGAUGAAGCGGAGAGGAUUUGGAAUGAGAUGGUGAAACGAGGUUGUGGGCCCGAUGUUGGUGCGUAUAAUGUAAAGAUUAUGAAUAUUCAGGGUGGUGAUCCUGAGGGAGUUAAGGGUUUACUUGAGGAAAUGAGUAAUGUGGGGUUAAAACCGGACACGAUUAGUUAUAAUUAUUUGAUGUCUUGUUAUUGUAGGAAUGGGAUGAUGGAUAAAGCUGAGAAAGUUUAUGAGGAUUUGGAAACGAAUGGGUGUAAUCCAAAUGCAUCGACUUUUAGAACGUUGAUAUUCUAUUUGUGUAAGAAUGAACAGUUUGAGACGGGGUUUAAGGUAUUUAAAGAAAGUGUGAGAGCAAACAAGAUUCCGGAUGUUAAUACACUAAAGUAUUUGGUGCAUGGUUUGGUGAAGAGUUCAAAGGUGAAAGAUGCAAAAGAGAUGAUUAGGACAAUGAAGAAGAAGUUCCCUCCUAAUGUCGUGAAAGUUUGGACCAAGUUAGAAGACGAGCUCGAGCUUGGUUUGGCUAAAGUUGAAGUCGGUGAUAUCAAGUCUAGUGAGACUGAUGUUGUUUAGUAAUGAAUUUUGUUCGAGAUAGCUGUGGAAGCGUUGUAGACAGCUUCAUAACUGUUGAGGGACUUUACAUUAGUGAUAUAUUUUUUUUUUUUUGUCAUAAAGAUGUGAGUUAGCACUUGGCGCCAACAUUUUCGAUGCCAUUUAUUUUUGAAAGCUAAUAUACAUCUUUGCAUGAA